AUACAAAGCUUUAGCUAACGGACUUUGGAGUGAGUAAAAUCCAACUCCAGUAAAACUCCAGCACAGGCAGAGCUCAUCUGAUCUGCUGCAAUAAUAAAUGAAACUGCUCCUGGGUUUUAAAGAGCAGCUCUGAGUCUGAAGGGGCGGAACUGAGUGAGCGCUGCGCCGCUGAAUGCUCGCUGCACCGAAUGCGCUGCUGACAGCGGCUCCGCACAGACCGAGGACGAACACCCACAUCGAUCAUGCGGGACAUCAUGAAUUUGCCCUCUCAAAUAUCUGAGGUAUGAGCCAUUGCACCAUCCCUGAGCGUCGGCAGAAGCCUGAGCAGGACGCAAGGGUGUGCACUGUGUUCUGAGAAACAGCUAGUGGAUAUCUAGACAUCGGAGAACGAGCAACAACCUGAAUUAUGUCUUACUAUAACCGAGAACUGGUGGUAUUUUUUAUCAAAUAUAAACUCUCGCAGAGGAACUACCCCUGCAACCACAUUGGACUUACAGAAGACACAAAUCGGACUGAUGGGGCUGAAGAGAAUGGCGAGGGGGCAGCAGGAGCGACAACUCUUGUUAAUGGCACCAUGAAUAGAACGAACGCUAGUUCCACUGGGACCCCACCACAAUCCCCUGCUUCAUCCCCCCAGCGUCAAACAAAUGGGUCUGGGGGUCUAGACGCAGUGAAGGAGGCGCUCCGUGAUUCUGCCAACGAGUUUGAGCUGCGCUAUUCCAGAGCAUUCAACGAUCUUUCCUCACAGCUCCACAUCACACCCGCCACAGCGUACCAGAGCUUCGAGAGCGUGAUGGAUGAGGUGUUUCGCGACGGCGUCAACUGGGGCCGAAUCGUGGGGUUGUUCGCAUUCGGAGGGGCUCUGUGCGUCGAGUGUGUGGAGAAGGAGAUGAGUCCGCUUGUGGGACGCAUCGCAGAAUGGAUGACCGUCUACCUAGACAACCAUAUUCAACCCUGGAUCCAAAGCCAAGGAGGAUGGGAACGCUUUGCAGAGAUCUUUGGAAAAGAUGCAGCGGCGGAAAGCAGGAAAUCGCAAGAAAGCUUCAAGAAAUGGUUGUUUGCAGGAAUGACCUUGCUCACGGGUGUCGUCGUUGGGGGACUCAUUGCACAGAAACGCCUGUGAAGAUGAGGAUAACCGAAGAUCCAAAUACACCCAUGGCUUAAUUUAGAGCUCCAGCUAACAUGAAGGAACUUCAAAUACUUUUGUUUCACAUUUGUUUCCCUUUUUAUUGCCAAGAAAUUUCAUGUUUACAUUCCACGUCCCACCGUGUGCUGUUGACUGAGUGGAGCGCACCCGUGAUGUCCCAUCACAUGACCCAGACUGCAUGAGGAUGAUUUGCUUUUAGUGACUGAGAAAAAGCAAAGUCGUGUUUCCUUAUAGCCUUUAUAACGAAAUGAGAAAAAUGACUAAAUCAGUCGAGAAAAAUCAUAUGACUAAACCAUAGUCCUGUCUUUAAGAUUUUUGGUUUGUUUGUUUUAAUAUAAAUGAUUAUUUUCAGCUUUAUCAUCAGUCCUUUUAAGUAUCUUUAUUAUUCUCUUAUUUUCAGAGACUGGCAAAAACUGACAAGGACACAAACAUUUUAUCUUUAAAUCUAAUUUAAGCUAAUUUUGAUUCUCGAGGUAAUGACCUAAUGAUAGAGAAGAAGUUGCUUCUGAACUGAAUUAGAAAUAUUCAGUCAUUACAUCAGCACUGACAUUUCUGAGGAAUGUUGUUGCUGUCUGGAGUGCCAGAUAUCAGCUCGAGAGCAGAGAGGCACCUUACCGUCCUGGCACUACACUGAAGCGCCCGCUUCCUCUGCCAUCUCUACCAUUAGAGGACAGUGUGGAAAGCAGAUGACACAUGUCUGUGUGAGUGUGUUUUAUGUGUUGUUUUCUAUCUUUUUUCAAUUAUUGUUCUGUUCCAUUAAAUAUGCACAUUUGAUUUGCUUUAAAUGUGUGUGAGAACCUGCAUGGGCGGGUUUAAAAACCUCUGAAGCAAAAAUUGUCUAAAGGACCAACAGUUAUGAGAAAUUAGUUCUGUUCUGAGAAGAAGUUGUGUAUGUUUAUUGUUUGAUGUUUGAUUUAUUAAACUUUAGUUUCAGCUUCAGAUUUGGUAUCACGCAUAACUCGGUAUCUUCAAGAUCCUAAAGGGGUAUAGAGGAGACGUGGAUACAUAAGGAGUGAGCAAUUUACCUUUGUUCUGUCUGUGGCUGCCCACAACUGUGUUUUGAACACAGAAAUAAAUAUUAAUAAAAGCAAAAAGUUAAUAGAUUAAACCGUAUUGCCACCAGAGCGCUCCGUGUCUUAUAUGUUCUUGGGAAUGAGGAUGUAACUAGUACUGGGAAUACAGCUCUAGCAUUUGUAAGAAGCUAAUAGAUACUGGGAUUUGUUUUAUUUGGAAUUUAAGGUAUGUAAUGACAUGCAGUGGU